AUGUCGCUCCGACUCAGGAAAAGACGAACGACGCACCUGCGGGCCGUGCGGUGCAAUCUGGUCGAAAUCGGCACGAAGGGGAAUUCUCUCUUAUGCAAGUGCCACAAGCGCCCGGUCAUUAUGGUGUGUCUUUCACUUCCAGCGCAGCCUGAAUAUGCUCAUGUCGGGGCCCUCGACGGUAGCAGCAGCACAGAGACAAUAAAGUUUCCGAGAAACAACGCAAAAAGGCACGCUAGCUACGUCGCUCGCGCUCCUCCUCCCUCCCGGAGUGCCAGGCCUAUUGGCAGACCUCGUCGACAAAACGGAUAUCCAUCGUCUCGAGCGGUGGCAGACAACCGCAUUGCAACUCUUGGUCCACUAGCCGAAGAAUCGUUCAGCAAGGGACUGUCGCAGCAGGACUGCCUUUCGUGUCUCAUAUCGCCUACCAAACACAAGGCGCUGCCAAUUCCACCUUCUGGGCCAGCCCAGACACGAGAGCAAUCGAAGAACUUGGCCCGCUUCACAAAGCAACUUGAGAGGUACUCCUCUGCAGUCAACGCCAACGGAAAACCAGAGUUACCCCUGGUCACGCCUACGGUCUCAGACUCUCCGACGACUCUUGAUACAGUGGCAGAGCUUCUGCCCUACCAUAAACAGUUUAAAGCUGCCGGACUGGCUGUCACUUCUCGUGAGCAGAUGCCAAGGGUCCCAGAGUCCACCGCUCAGCGGCGAACAGUUGUGAACAAUCGAAACGGGAGAGAUCAACCCGUGCAGUAUGUACAAGUCGACGGGAGUACUGUUAGCCCAUCGGAGGAGGAGGAGGAGUCGGUUCCUGGGGAUCCAGUGGCUGUUUCUGGCCAUGAAAGUGAAGCUGGCUCUUCUGAAUCGCGAAUGCAGCAGCAGGCCCCUAGCAAAGCAGGACCACCGAUCAACAAAGCCUUACUUCCUUGGUUUCGCAAGACUGGCGGUCCCACCGCUGUCAAAAGCCACAGUAACAGGAAGUUUUCUGUCGAUCAUAUUCAUCCGUCUCAAGCGUCCGCGGCUGAGCCAUAUUUAACGCCUUCGGACAAAUUGGGUAUCAUCGAUGCAUACUUUGACUCCCCGAGCCCGGCCAUAUCCCAAAUCAAACAGCCGGAACCGAACAACACAUCAUCGUCUUCUUCUUCACCACCCCGCCGUGUCAGUUCGCCGGUCAACACGCCUCGUCGGAAAGGGCCGCCAAUCGAGCGCCAGCCUAUACCGUGGAGAAGUCCUCGUCGGCACAUGAAAGACACAUCACAAUGGCCGACCGCAGGAGUAUUGAUACAUGAUAAAUCCCCGUCUUCGGAAGAUCACGCAAAUGAAGGAGUCAAAAUUGUCGCAGCGACGCAACAAGGGCCACCGGUGCCAACAAAGGAUCCAACUCCUGGCCGGUCUCAGCUUGCCACGAAGACCGAGAGAGUCAGGAAAUCUGCUGAGUCUGGACAUGGACCCCCGAUACCUCCAAAAGUGCCUCAUUCCAAGCACUCCAUGGUUACUCUUGGCGAUCAUCUCGAAGAGAAACCUGCGACACCACCCAAAGACUUCCCAGUAACGUCACCUCAGUCCCAAGUGACCAGCCAUCACCACACUGGGCAGUCAUUAUGCAAGCCAUGGUCCAGAGUGACAGUCCUGCGGAGGAAGUCGCACGCAAGACUCGCACCUGUACCAGCCACCAUACAGGAGGAGACAGAGGCUACCGCGACCCAGUCAGGCAAACCAAAUGCUACCAGCGCUCAGGAUACUAGCACUGCGCCGCAGCUGCCAGAUACGUGGACAUGUGCGGUAGGGAGAUCAUCCUCCUUUGAGAAAGCGCUCGACGCAGUGAUACAGAAGCUUGAUGACAUGGACGAGAGGAGAAAGUAUGAAAGGAAGAUCGAGCUCGAAGCUGCUCAACAGGCCGCUGCAAAGCUUGAGGCCUCUCAAGAGCUGGUGUCCAACUACGGGUCUCCCAGCGGCCAACGCUCGAGGCGUCAGACCGAAGAGAAGGUCGGAUCCCCAGGAGAAGCCCCAUCCUCAGUCACGAAUGAGUCUGCAGCCCACCUGGACAGGGACAUCGACGACAGAGAUAUUCUUCUCGGUUUGAAGAUGGCCAUCUGCGCCGCGUGCGACGAAGACUUGGACGCAUGGAUCCGCGACAGGACCGGCCUUCGCCUGCGCCGUUUCCUGGCGGAUCUGAAGGCAUUCGAUGCCGUCUCCAGGGACCGCAAACCCCCAGCGUCGAGGCCCGCGCGCCGCCAAGUCCAGAGAACUCCCAACGAGGCGCGGCGGCUCAAUGCCGAGCGGGAACGCAGAAGGCAGAGUAUGAAGUCUAAAGGGUUGAAGGGUCAUUGCUUUGGAGAGGAUGGCUAG